AUGGGAGACGAGAGCGAAACUCAGUUUCAGCUGUUCGGCGUGCGACCGAACGCCACAACCCACAAGAUCAUCAAAGCAUUUCUGAGUUGGCCACUGGAGCCAUUUCACGUUAAUGCAAUCCGCAAGCCAGCGCCCUAA